GAAUAAUCAUAAUGUGGCUUUUGAGUUUGCCAGUACCUGUCAUCGACCAGUUAGCUUCAACCUCCACAAAAAAACACACAACUUCGCUAUAAAACGACUCCUUGUAUAUUAAUUGUUGUCUUCCACAUCUCUCAAUCUCUCUCGAAGAAUCCCUUUCUUUUUCCCCAAAACUCAGCGGUCAGUAUCUGAGCCAACAGCUUGGAUUUUGAUCACGUUUUUGAGGGGUUUAGCUUGAUGGGCUCUGUGGAAAGAUCAAAGAGGAGAGUUCAGUUAUGGAAGAAAGCUAUAGUUCAUUUUGGUUUGUGUUUUGUUAUGGGGUUUUUUACAGGUUUCGCUCCAGCAGGCAAGGCUUCAAUUUUUACUAGUCAUGUUGCUGCAUCAAAUAAAUCGCAAUCCUUGCCGCAACCUGUUGAAAUGUUGCACCAGCAGGCAGCAAGUACACCACAUGCUAGUAAUGUCAACAGAAGUUUGAUAGCUGAAACUGCAGUACCAGCUCCACCAAGCUCUAAGGAAUCUGAACAUGCAACAUUCUUGGAAAAAGAAGAAACAGAAUCCAAGUUAGCGCCAAGACGACUGGCAAUAAUCGUUACGCCAACAAGCACUAAAGAUCCGUAUCAAGGGGUUUUUUUGAGGAGGUUAGCUAAUACGAUCAGGCUGGUUCCCCCACCAUUAUUGUGGAUUGUUGUGGAAGGGCAAUCAGAUUCAGAUGAAGUAUCGGAGGUCCUUAGGAAAACAGGUAUUAUGUAUAGGCAUUUGGUGUUCAAGGAGAAUUUUACAGAUCCCGAAGCAGAGUUGGAUCAUCAAAGGAAUGUUGCAUUAAGGCACAUUGAAAAACACAGGCUGAGCGGGAUUGUUCAUUUUGCCAGGCUUUCCAAUGUUUACGAUCUAGGCUUCUUUGACGAGAUUAGACAAAUUGAAACUUCCUUUCGAUGGAUAAUAUGCAGGGUGUUUGGAACAUGGCCAAUGGCAUUACUUUCAGCGAACGAGAAGAAAGUGAUAAUUGAAGGACCUGUAUGUGAUUCCUCGCAGGUUAUCGGAUGGCAUCUAAGGAAAAUGAACAACGAAACGGAUAAAAGGCCUCCAAUUCACAUUUCAAGUUUUGGAUUCAACAGCUCAAUCCUCUGGGAUCCUGAGAGAUGGGGUCGCCCUUCAUCGGUCCAGCAAACAUCACAGAACUCAAUCAAAUUCGUCAAACAAGUAGCUCUUGAAGACGAGACAAAGUUAAAGGGAAUCCCACCAGAGGACUGCUCAAAAAUCAUGCUUUGGCGUCUUAAUCUUCCUACUUCAAAAUCACCAAGUUAUCAGGAAAAUCAAGAAGACAAAAUCGUGUAGAGAGAUUCAAAUAUAUUGAUCCUAUGAUGAGCAGAUUACAAUUCUUUACAUGUAUAAAUCCUCUCUUUUCCUCCUUUAUCUAGUCUGUUUAUAGCAUAAAUCAAUGACCUUUGGAUUACACAGAA